ACGCUCUUUCCUCUGUUAUUUAUCUUUCUCUCUUUUCUUACUCUCAUCGGUUGGUGUAGUGUAUUAGUGUAUGGGGCCCCAUUCGUAUUCGUAUUCGUAUUCGGAGUAUAAGUAAAGUCUUUGCUUUUAUAUAUAUCCCCCGCUUGAUGCUUUAUGCUUGAUGGUUGAUGGUUGAUGCAGCGCUUCUUCACUUGUACGGUUUUUCUUUCUCCUGUCCCGACUUGAACCAUCAGACGUACUCGGUUACGCGAUCGGUCGAGUCGUUCCCAGUCGUUGGCUCUCGUUCUUCUUCCUCUUUUUCAUCUUCUUGCUCUGUAUGUUGAUUAUUAUUCGUGAGAAUUCAUGACAGACGCUCUAUACUCUAUUAUAAAUAAACCCCAGUGAUGCUGAUCAUAAAAACAAAAAAGUUAAAUCGUUUGUGCUAUUUUUAAGUGUAAUACCAAAGUUACAACAUUUGUGUUAUUAUAUAUGAUAUACUGUGGUGAUGAAUAUUAUAUGGAUAUCCAAAAAAUAUCAAAGUUUUGGUUUGUGAGAUGAAAAAGCAACAGCUUGGCUAGACGUAGCCGGAUGCGGCGGUUAAGAUAAUGACGACGUUCAAGGACCUUUUCGAUGGUUCAUUGGGCCGACAAGUAUGAUCAGCAUUCGAGAAUCGAGGGUCAACGAGCCGCGUCAAUUCAACUUUUGUAAUUAACUAAAUUAGGCGUUAGUAUUUAUUAUAUAUACAUAUAGACGAUUAUAAAACAGGUUUACAAAAAUGUCUCAACGAGGUACAUCUCCGAGUUGUGGUAUUACGGAUAUUACCAAUCAACCACGAAAUCUUCGAGUACAUGAUUAUGAUGAGGAAGAUAAUAAUUGGAACAAUCGUAAGAGUUGUAAUAAUCGUCAGACACUGCAACCGGAAUUAAAUCAUUUGCAUAAUCGUCGUGUAGAGUCACCUAUACAUUCAAUUCAACACACAAGAUCACGUCCCAGUCACAGUCCAAUAUAUGCCACCGAAUCAACAUACAGCACACGAAUGGAUCUUUCAGAUCUAACCGAUAUUGGACCAGUAAGUAACCGUAUUGAUUUUGAUUCACAGAAAUCCCGGUUACAUUAUCCACAAAAUCAUCAAAACAAUACCUACUGUAGUAGGAAUUUAUUAUCUCCCGAAUCACCUUACUUGCUCCAGUCACAUCCAUCAAUAAAUGAUAAUAAUGAUGGUGGUGGUAAUGAAAAACCUAGUCAUUAUCAUUGCACAAUAGAGGAUCAAAAGCACAGAAAUAAUAAACACAUCGAUGAAAGAUCAACUAGUCCAACGACUUCAAGUUCAGACGCUGCGGAAGUUGUUACUUCACCACGACAAGCUUCUAAACAUCGGCAGCAUUCAUCUCAUCGUCAUCGAACAGUUGGUUCGACAAAAGACACUCAUUUGUUUCACAGUACAAUAAAUUCUGGUCAAUUAACUCAUCAGCAUUCAUCCCCACUGACUGACAAACAUCGGCAACCAAAUAUAUGUCAUCGUUAUCAUGAAAUCGGUCAACCGACUUCUUGUUCGCCUGUUUGUGAUUCCGGUAUUAGAGAAGACGAUGGGUCAUCUUCAAUUCAAUCAAAUCAUCGUGAUCGUUUAUCCAGUUGUGAUGAUAUUAACGCAAUGUGUUCAAUAGUUGUCACUGGAACAACAACAACCAGCUCAACCUUGUCUCCCAAUCUUAUAUCUCCAUUACCUAACGCCACUGUAGCGAAUUAUCAUCAUCGUGCCAGCUCUGGUAUCUCCUGUGAAUCAUCAACAUCCUCGCCCAGUAUUAGGAAUCAUGGUACGCUUGAGAACUGCGUGACUGAGAGACAUCGAAAUUUAUCCCGGCAUAAUCACACAAUGCAGCCUUAUGCUCUGGAUCCUCCACAACGUGUUCAAAGUGUUCAUGCACGUGAAACGAAAAGUCCACUUCUUAUGGGCUUUGAUUCUAUCCAAAUGUCAACAACUUUAUCAAAAAAUAAAUGCCGCUGUCACAUUGACCAUUCGCAACAGCAACAAAUUCAAUUACAGCAGCAGCAGCAGCAGCAACAGCAGCAUCAUCAUCAACAAGAACAACUCCAACAGCAGACUCAUCAACCGCAUCACCAUCACCAUCAUCAUUAUCACCAGCAUCAGCAGUAUAGUAAUCAAGACAAACGAGGACCUGAAAGCGAAAACAAUGAUAACAGUAUAGCUGCGGUAACAUCAAGAAUUCAUCAACCUCCUGCAUUACCACCUAGACCACCACCUCGGCCUAACAGACGCUGUGAUGCAACACCGUAUGAUCUACGAACAGAUAAUGGGGAAGGUAGUUGUUGCAAAAAGUAUGUCGUGCUUUGCUGUCUCUGUGGGGGUCUUAGUGCCGCUGUUGGAUGUCUAUUCCUCGCAGUUCAUGCCGUAUUAUCAGCCCACACAGCAAGUCUUGCACUAUUUGAGACUGUGCCAUCAUACAUUCCAGGAACAAUGUUAAUAUUGAUGGGAUUAUUUACGAUGAUUUUAGCGAGACGCAAACAUAGAUAUAGUAUUUUGAUGAAAGUAUGCGGUUCAGUUGGAGUCGUUUGUGCACUAGUCUGUGUCCUCGUCACGGUCACAACAACAGUCGUCCACAUGUCAAGGCUACAGGGUCUUCGCGAGUGUGUUUAUACAGCACGUGCAAGAUCAUGCACUUGUUAUGGGGCACUCCAAGGUCGCAGUGGCGAUCAAGGUGUACUUUUUGAAGGUACUCCUCACUGUGAAGCUGUCCAUGGUGCUCUAUACGCUUGUUUACGAGCACUUUUUGGUGUUUCUGUAGCUGGUAUUUUAGCUUGCAUAUUUUCUUGUAUGCUUGUUUACCAGUUACUCAGUCAUGAGAAGAAAAAAAUGUACUGGGAACAGUUAGAAUUGAGAUGCAGAUCUCUUUACGGACAUGGAGGUGGUGCAAAUAUGGCUGGGGCACCAGUAGGCUCUUGCGGUUGUUGCAAUGAUUGUGGUGGAGUUAAUCCCUGGUGGGCACAAACUCCAGGGAAUUUAUAUACUCCAAAUCCUGACUUAGCACCGUCUAGAAGAUGGCGCUUACCCUGGUCACGGUCACGAGGUCCAGCACCGACUCCCGAUUCCAAUUAUGGUUUCCAUGCACAAUCUAUGAGACAAGCUGCUGAAGUUAAUGAUUCAACACGAGAAAAUACAACAGCAAUACAAAAUCCCUAUGGUCUUCUUGACUCCCGACAACCGCACGCUUCUUACUCCGUCCUUAAUGCUCAAAACACCUCCUAUACAGCCAGCACAGGAUCUUACAGUGUGCUUGAGACUCCUGUUCCUCUAUGGGGACCUCCACCUCCCUACAGUGAUCCCAAUAGUCCAGCAAGAAGACCGCAAAUAGUUGAACCUAAAGUCGCGUCUUCUGCUGGAUCUACAACAUGUUCUACGCCAGCUGCUGGUGCAUCACCAGCUCAACCAUUGCCUCCAUCAUUGAGAAUUGUCGCUGUUAAAAGAUCACCUGAAAAUUUUGAUAGCAAUGAAGUUGAUUCUCAUGAAUUGAGAACCCUACAACAUUGUACGCCUUCCGAUAACUAUGAAAAUACAGAGAAAAUAUCAAAUACCAUAGAACCAGAGUGCAGUGGAGCGCACGAAGGGGCGGUAAUAAAAACCAGACGGUCUCGAAGAAAUUUGAAGGGUGUAGAAAAUGACGCUUUUCAAAAAGAAUCAAACAACCAAAUGUCCAACAGUAAGCAAUCAGAAAGUGAAUUAUACUUUGGGGAUGUUUCUUCCUGCUGUGGACCGGAAAGUAGUUUAUAUGAAUUGACCGUUGACAAAGAAUUAACAGAUGAAACACAGCAACUACAACAACAACAGCAGCAGCAACAACAACAACAACAGUCGGAUUACAUUCCACCACGACUGACUAAACAACGUCUUUCGAAACGAUCUCGACUACCACUUCCGUUAUUACCACAAAAUCAAACAUCCUCGCCGCAUCAAGAUAUAAAUCUUGAUGAUGCCAAUGAACGAAGUUACAGUAACAGUGACGAAACAAUGGCUACUUCAGGAGGAUUUCUAGCUCCGGAUGCACAGUACGAAGUUAUUCAGCAAGGCGCACAUUAUGGUUAUUAUAUUUCUAAAGACAAUGACUAUUUAGAGGCACCCUCGAGUUACUCGUUUUAUUCACGUGAUCCAGGUAAUUCUCAAGUCCCAGAUGAAUAUCGAGGUGUCGUUAAUGACGAUAAUAAUGAAUUGGCUAAUUCAUUGAAUGAAGUUUGUAGUUUAGAUAAUGAUUUAUCACAUGAUAAAGUAGUUAGCAAAAGACCUGAGCAUCAGUGUUGUGCGAAUAAUGUUGAUGAUAUUAAUUCUGAGUGGCAAAAUGUCGAGCAACAGUCAAACUCAGACGACGACGGUGUCUGUCCAAUUAACGUUUGAUUAACUAAAUCGUUCAAAUAAUUAUGACUUUUUUUUUUCGGUUCGUACACUGAGAGAACAAAAAUGUACAUUCUAAAGAAAAAAUGCUUGAUUUGAAUAUUUUAGUGCCAAGCAAUUAUUUUCUUCAAUCAAGUAAAAUUACUUGAAUUUAAUUUUUUUUCUCUCAGUAUAAUAUCAACAGUAGAUAAAGUGAAGAAAAAAAGGCUGUCUAUAAAAUCGUUGUAGAUAAAAAAAAAAUAAAA